AUGGGCUCCGUCGUCCUCCCCCAUCUUGUCACCGGCUGGCAUGUCGACCAAGCCAUCAUGUCUGAAGAAGAGCGUCUGGUCAUAAUCCGCUUUGGUCGCGACUGGGACCCCGACUGCAUGCGACAAGACGAAGUCCUCUAUCGUAUCGCCGACCGUGUCAAGAACUUUGCCGUCAUCUACGUCUGCGACUUGGACCAAGUCCCCGACUUUAAGCAAAUGUACGAACUCUACGACCCCGUCACCCUUAUGUUCUUCUUCCGCAACAAACACAUGAUGUGCGAUUUCGGCACGGGCAAUAAUAAUAAGUUGAACUGGGUGCUGGACGAUAAGCAGGAGUUGAUUGAUAUUAUUGAGACGAUCUAUCGUGGGGCGAAGAAGGGUCGUGGUUUGGUUGUUAGUCCGAAAGAUUAUUCAACCAGGUAUCGUUACUAG